CUAAAACCAAAACACACACACACGGUGCCGGGACUCCUCUCAGUCACUUCUGUUCUUCUUUACUUUCUUUUUUUCUUCUUCUUUUUGGACUUUUUUCGUACUGAAGCUGAGUUAUGGAUCCGCUGGUUGCUGCUAUCGAUCAGGGCACGAGCUCGACGAGGUUUCUGGUGUUCAACGCUAAAACAGCUGAACUGAUCAGUCACCAUCAAGUAGAGAUCAACCAGAGUUUCCCGAAGGAGGGCUGGGUGGAAGAGGACCCUAAGGAGAUCAUGCAGUCUGUCUAUGAGUGCAUGGAGAGGACUUGUGAGAAACUGUGUCAGCUCAACAUCGACGUCUCCAACAUUAAAGCGGUGGGAGUGACCAAUCAGAGAGAGACCACCUUAGUCUGGGACAAAGAGACCGGAGAGCCGCUCUACAACGCUAUUGUUUGGUUGGACCUGCGCACACAGUCCACAGUGGAGAGGCUCAUCAACAAAACUCCUGGAAGAAACAAGAACCAUCUCAAGCACAAGACAGGCCUUCCCAUCAGCACCUACUUCAGCGCGGUGAAGCUGCGUUGGAUGCUGGACAACGUGGACGAGGUGCGACAGGCGGUGCUGAGUGAGCGAGCCAUGUUCGGCACGGUGGACUCCUGGAUCAUCUGGUGUCUGACGGGGGGCAAGAACGGAGGGGUCCACUGCACAGAUGUCUCAAACGCCAGUCGCACCAUGCUCUUCAACAUUCACACCAUGGACUGGGAUCCUGAACUCUGCAGGUACUUUGACGUCCCGAUGGAAAUUCUCCCUCAAGUCAAGAGCUCCUCUGAAAUAUACGGCUUGAUGAAAUGCAACUCUCUUGCAGGAGUUCCUAUCUCAGGGUGUCUUGGCGACCAGUCGGCUGCUCUGGUUGGUCAGAUGUGCUUCACAGAAGGCCAGGCCAAAAACACGUACGGGACCGGCUGCUUCUUGCUCAGAAAUACAGGGACCAAGCCUGUCAUGUCAGACCACGGCCUGCUGACCACCGUCGCAUACAAACUGGGGAAAGAAGCGCCUGCCUCCUACGCUCUAGAGGGUUCAGUGGCGAUCGCUGGCGCAGUGGUGCGAUGGCUGAAAGACAACAUGGGCAUUGUGCAGUCGUCCUCAGAGAUCGAGAAACUCGCAGCUGCAGCAGGCACGUCUUACGGCUGUUACUUUGUGCCGGCUUUCUCUGGACUCUACGCCCCCUACUGGGAGCCCAGUGCCAGAGGCAUCAUCUGUGGACUCACACAGUUCACCAACAGGAACCACUUGGCUUUUGCUGCUCUGGAGGCCGUCUGCUUCCAGACCAGAGAGAUCCUGGACGCCAUGAACCAGGACAGCGGCGUCCCUCUGACUCAGCUGCAGGUGGACGGAGGCAUGACGUCCAACAGGUUACUGAUGCAGCUGCAGGCGGACAUCCUCUGCAUCCCCGUAGUGCGACCCGACAUGUCAGAGACGACGGCUCUGGGUGCGGCCAUGGCAGCGGGGGCGGCAGAGGGGGUGGGUGUGUGGGACAUAAGCGCCGAUCACCUCCCGCACGUCACAUCUGUGAAAUAUGAGCCUCAGAUUCACUCUGACGAGAGUGAGUUCCGCUUCGCUCGCUGGAAGAAAGCCGUCCAGAAAGCCAUGAACUGGGAAACCACCGAGCCCUGCUGCAACGGAAACGGUUUAGGGAAGAAGAUGAACGGCUCCCCCUGGGGGGUUCCUCCCACCCCUCCCCCCACCAGAGUGGACCCCUAAGAUCACCAGCAGUAACUUAACCGAAGUAUUAACACCCUCACUGGAAACGAGGAAGAUGAAACUUGACGGCUGCUGGACUCGCUCACAUUUUUGAGCUAACGAGCCUCGAUAGAAGAAGUAGAAACCCACCCGAACCCCUCCGACCCUCCAACCCUCCACCCGAACCCUCCACUCCGACCCCGAGACUCUGAUGACAUGACGGACAAGUUAAUCAUCGAACAGUGAAGGACUGUGGAGCCUAAAAGGGAAAAAUUAACCACUAAAACUAUGAAUUUGCCUUUUUUUU